UCUGCUUUUUCUUUCCCUUAAUCUCAUUCAUUCUUCCUCAUGUUUCUUCCCUCUUCUGUAUCUCUCUCUUUCUAAACUCUUUAUCCAUAAUAGUAUAUUCCUCUUGGACUCUCACACCAAAAAAACCUACUACAAUUCCUUGCUUUUUCUUUCUAAAGCAGAAAUAUCGGAACUUUGUGUGUUAAUAGAGAUUUGUAAUCUAUUUUGUUUUAUCCAUAUAUAUUUAGGAUUGAUUGAGGUGGAGGUCAGAGCCAUAUCUUUGUUCUUUUGGAUUGCUUUGAUAGUUAUAAUGUUGGACCUUGUCUAGGAAAGCCCAUUUGCUGCAUUUUUCUAUUUUGGGAUACAAUGUGUAGUAUGUGUCAUAAUUGUGGUGCGGAAUUGUCGAAGUUGGAGGAAAAGAAGAGACAGGAGAAUGGGAAUUCUCUAAAACUACAUACUGGUGGUUCUUGUAAAUUUUGCCGCAAGAAGCAAGAGGGAGAAUCUAUAAAGUGGGAUGGUGCGAGUCAGCAUGAAAAACCGAUGACCGGUCCAACUACUUCAUUGUACAGCAGUGAUAGCCUUGUAUCUAAUUGCAGUGAGUAUUCGGUCGAUGUAAAUUCAUAUGACAGGAUUAAUGGACAAGAAAUUACAAUGGAUGAUGAUAUAGAGAGUUGUAGAAGGAUGGAAAGCAACUCAAAGGAAAGCAGUUAUGGCGAUGAUAGGCAUAUUGCAAGAGAUGUGGAAAUACAGACAACUAACGGUCAGGAAGCAAAAGAUGGUGUUUCUGGAAAUCAUGACCAAUCCUCUGCUGAAGUACCUGAGAAAUUUCAGUCUAUUGACGGUGAACUGGUUGCCGAAAUCUGGGAACCUCCGGAAGCAGAAGACCCAGAGGAUGACAUGGAGGGGAGCAUGGCUUAUAAUGAUGACGAUGAUGACGAUGAUGACGAGUGUGGUGAUGGGAGUAAUUGGGGCAAACCAUUUACUUUGAGUCGCUUUAGAGAUGAACGCAGUGGGAGUUACAAGUUUAAAGUGGAAAAACAGAGGGCAAUGGAAGAAGUGAUAAAUGGGAAGUUCAGGGCACUUGUAUGUCAUCUUCUGAAAUCUGUGGGUGUUGGCUCUUCUGGGGAAGAUGGUGAAAGUUGGGAGGAUAUAGUUACUUCUUUAUCAUGGGAAGCUGCUUCAUUUUUGAAGCCUGAUACUAUUGAUGGCAAAGUAAUGGAUCCAAUCGGUUCUGUGAAAGUGAAAUGCAUUGCAACUGGUUCUCGCGGCCAAAGCCGUUUAGUAAAAGGAUUGGUCUUCAAAAAGCAUGCUGCUCACAAGCAUAUGCCUACUAAGUACGAGAAUCCAAAGUUGUUACUGAUCAGUGGUGUCCUUGGUCAAUCUUCUAGUGGGUUGUCGUCAUUUGCUUCAAUGGCACAGGAGGAAAAGGGUUAUCUGAAGUCGCUCAUUGAUAUGAUAGAAUCAUGCCAUCCAAAUGUGAUUUUGGUAGAAAAAACUGUUUCUCGUGAUAUCCAAGAGUCUAUUCGUGCAAAAGGAAUGACUCUGGUCUCUGAUAUGAAGCUUCAUCGCCUAGAGAGAAUUGCCCGUUGUACUGGUGCACCAAUUCUAUCAUCUGAUACUUUGACCUGUCAAAAGCUAAAGCAAUUCAAGUCUUUUUAUAUUGAGAAAUUUGUAGAGGAACAUGCCCCUUGUGGUGAAGGGGGUAAGAGGCCAAGUAAAACGUUGAUGUUUCUUGAAGGCUGUCCUACGCGUCUUGGUUGUACGAUUUUGCUGAAAGGCUCACACAGUGAUGAAUUGAAGCGGAUUAAAUGUGUUGUGCAGUGUGCUGUUAUCGCGGCGUACCACAUAAUUCUUGAGACAUCUUUCCUUGUUGAUCAGAGGGCAAUGUUCUCUACAAUUCAGUUUCCUGAAGUGGAGAAUGUCCUGCCGACUGAUCAACAAUCCCCUAAUUUAGGAUCUGGGAACUCAAGUGUUCCUUGUAAUGGUGAUUGUACCACAAAUGGGACAUGUACAGUUGAUAUUCCGAUCUCCAAUGGAUUCCAUGCUGAAAAUAACCACAAUUCAAACUUAGAUUCGGAAAGCAACUCCCCCUUAGCUUAUGAACCAUAUAAUCCAGCCAUUUUUACUGGGUUUUCAUCUCUUUCAGCUUCGUUAAAGAAAGUUGUUGGGGAAAGUUUCCCUUUUGCAUCCUCUACUUCGUAUCAGUCCCUUUCAUCAUACUUUGGAUUCAAUGGAAGUGAAUCCAACGGUCAUAUAAGUAAAGCUGCUUCUCUUUUAACAACUCCAGAGGCAGCUGACGACUGUGAUAUGGAGGCUAAAGGUAGUUCUGAUGAAGAAAAGUCACUUGAUGGUGGGCAAGUCUCUUUAGAAAUAAAAAUAGAUGGUACUAAUGAAGACCAAAUGCAAAGUUAUGAUGAUGUCAACGCGGUGAUGGAUUCUCAGAGUAUUUUGGUUUUGAUGUCUAGACGGAAUGCUUUGAGAGGGACAAUCUGUGAGCAGAGCCAUUUUUCUCAUAUUAUGUUCUACAAGAAUUUUGAUGCCCCUCUUGGAAAGUUUCUGAGGGAUAAUUUACUCAAUCAGAGAAGCCAGUGUGCCACAUGUGGUGAAUUACCUGAAGCUCAUUUUUACCAUUAUGCUCAUCAUAGUAAGCAGCUUACCAUACAAGUUAAACGUCUUCUUGAGGGAAAGCAUUUGCCUGGGGAAGCAGAAGGGAAGCUUUGGAUGUGGAGUUGCUGUGGCAAAUGUAAACCCAGAAAUGGAACCACAAAAUCUACAAAACGAGUGUUGAUUUCCACUGCUGCUCGUAGUCUGUCAUUUGGAAAAUUCUUGGAGCUCAAUCUCUCUCUCUCCUCUUCAUCUAGCAGAUUAUCCAGCUGUGGCCAUUCUCUGCAAAGGGACUUCCUUUACUUCUUUGGGUUAGGCCCAAUGGCUGCAAUAUUCAAGUACUCUACUGCCACGAUAUAUAAUGUUUCUUUGCCUCCUCAGAAGCUGGACUUUAGAAAUUUAGUCAGACAAGAGUGGCUGAAGAAAGAAACCAUGAAUGUGUACACAAAAGGGAUGUCAAUGUUCACAGAGGUCGCAAACUCUUUGAAGAGGAUCAGAUCUCAAUUUUCAGGCAAACCUCUAAACUUGCAAGGCGUAUUACUAGACUUAUCUGACAUUGAAGAUUUGUUGAAGCAGGAAAGAUCUGAGUUUGAGGUAAACAUUCAGAAUGCUGUUUUUAAGAAUGGGAAUCCAGACCAGACUGUUUACAAACUUCUCAGCUUGAACCAAUUAUUAUGGGAGCUUCUGCUUGAAUCUUGCAUUUGGGAUCGACGCUUGCAUUCUUUACUCUCAUCUGAUCCUGCAGCAGGCGACUCUAUUACUGCUGAGAAAGUAAGGCUGAAACAAGUCAACUUAAGGAUGGAUGGCCCUGCUGCUGGAGGCAAUGUGGGCACAGAAACAAUUUUGGAGAACGGUAAUGUUGGCUUUGAUGACAGUGCUGAUUUGAUAGUUAAUUUAGACACAGUUGAAGGUCAAGCUUCAGAAUCUAGUGCUGGAGGUGAUUUAUUUAAUACAUCCAAUGUGGCUGAGAGUGAGAUGCCUACUGUGGAUCUAAGUAGAAAUAUAUCAUCUAAAGAUGGGUUCGUUGCAGAACAGAAUGGCUCUGCCCAUUGCGAGUCUCAGUCUGGUGAUGAUAACUGCCAAGCAAUGGCUCUUCCUUCGUUUGAUCAUGUACAAGUGGACAGAUCAAUUCCCAUUUCCGCAGGUCUUGGGAAUACUGAUGAUGUUUCUGAGUUACAUGGAUCAAAGCAGGAUAGAUCUUUGCAUUCUGCAACGUCCAGCUUAAGAAAUUCGUCUGGAUGGCCUUGGACACCAUUCUCAGAAAUACAGCCAGUAGACAUGAAGGAUAUCCUGAAAGGUUACUUGCAGAAACCCGAAUCUAUCAGUAGAUAUACUCCAGAAUACAUUCCCACAGCCUAUCAACUGAUCAUUGAGGAAGGCCCAAGGCUGCAUAUCCCUCUUGAAAGUGAUAAUUUUAUCGUGUCAGACUAUGAGGGUGAACUCUCAAGCGUAAUUGCAUGUGCUCUGGCCUCCUUGGAGGAUCAGCAUGUUCCUUUAGAAGCUCUUGAUGGGGAUAGGAGGAGAGAGAAUGGAAUGGUAGCCAAGUCAUUUGAAAGUUUACACAGCCUACCUCGAAUUUCCCUUUUUCCUUCCCUGUAUUGGUCUUCUAAUGGUUCUUCAGAUUCAGAUUCAGUCUAUUCUACACCUAGCAUUUCUUUAGAAGACUCACGGUUCUCCAGUUUUGAUCGGUUGAAUUUGUUGGAUUCUCAUAUUCCUCCUGAACCUUUUAAUCCAGUUGUCAACUUGCAUGGGAAGGGUAAAUACUCAGUAGCUUGUCUCUAUGCCAAUGAGUUCCGUGACCUACGCCGUCGCUGCUGCCCAUCUGAGGUUGACUACAUUGCUUCCCUUAGCCGUUGUAGGAACUGGGAUGCCAAAGGUGGGAAGAGCAAAUCUUUUUUCGCUAAAACAUUAGAUGACAGGUUUAUCAUAAAGGAGAUUAAGAAGACAGAAUUUGAUUCGUUUAUGAAGUUUGCUCGGGAUUAUUUCAAGUACAUGAAUCAGUCAUUUGAAUUGGGGAACCAAACGUGCCUUGCCAAAGUUCUUGGGAUCUAUCAGGUAAAUAUAAGACAGGCAAGAAGUGGGAAAGAGAACAGGCAUGAUUUGAUGGUCAUGGAGAAUCUUAAUUUUGGUCGGAAAAUCACUCGCCAGUAUGAUCUUAAAGGUGCUCUUCAUGCUAGGUACACUGCAGCAGCUGAUGGUUCUGGCGACGUUCUUUUGGAUCAGAACUUUGUCAAUGACAUGAAUUCCUCCUCUCCCUUAUAUGUUAGUAAUAAAGCCAAGCGUUUCUUGGAACGAGCUGUUUGGAAUGACACAGCUUUCCUUAAUUCUAUAAAUGUUAUGGAUUAUUCUUUACUUGUGGCUGUGGAUACUGGGCGGCGGGAACUUGUAUGUGGUAUCAUUGAUUACCUAAGGCAGUAUACCUGGGACAAGCAACUGGAGACUUGGGUGAAAUCUUCCCUUGUUCCGAAGAAUGUUUUGCCGACUGUCAUCUCUCCAAAAGAGUACAAGAGGAGAUUCAGAAAGUUCAUGUCUUUGCAUUUCUUGUGCGUCCCAGAUUAUUGGUGCUCAGAAUUAUCCUCCGACCCAUGUGAACCUUGUGGUGUCAGAGAUGAUCAUAUUUUUCAACCAAAAUCCCAGCCCCAGAGGGAAGGAAGGCUUAAUGGUUUUUCUACAUGAGUCUUUUAACUGUUAAUAUUGAUUAUUAUUUUGCUGCUGCUCACUCCUACAGUUUACAUAUAGUGUAAAUAGAUGAGCAUCUUGGUUUAUAUGCCAACCCUGUUAUUCUGCGAUUUUUAGUGGAUUUCUGGGGAUAGAUUCAUUUUUCUAGGUCCAAAGUCCACUUUGAGAUAAGUUUUUGUAAAGUCUUUUGAGAAUUCAUAGAGUUGCGAUAGUUGGAAGACUAGUGAUAAUAUCAAUGAAAAGUUGCAGCCCCCAAA